AUUAUAACAAAAUGCAAAUGGCUGGCGCACCAGACGUAAUGGUUUAUUAGGAAUGUUUAUUGUUUCCGGGCGUAUGUUCACUGUUCGUGAGUGUGAAUUUGGUUGGUGCCGUAUCGUUCGUACAAUCUUGUACAUUCGUCUGUCGUGAUCGUUCGAACAUAGUACGACGUGGUGUGCGCGAGUUUUGAUGUAAAAAUGUGUUGACACACUUAGGAGCUACCGUGGUCGUGUCGACAGCGUAUCAUGACAAAGGAUUGCAUCGGUAUCCAGUGCGCCGCCGACACCUGUGAACCCGGCCGUCUUAUAAUGUCCAGGGUAUUAUCGUAAGUUGACAUGUUACAUUUAAGUACACGGCCGAGUUAGUGUUUUUUUAAAAAUAAAACCUAAAUCAACAGCAUUAUAAUAAUGAAAGGAGUCUGUAUCUGAUAUCACGCAAAUGCGACCAGUCAUGCUACAGGUAUUGCUUGCUGCAAUGCUUUGGCUCCUGGUGUCUGACAGCAAUGCACAAAUGUUCGAUCAUGACAUGAGUGUAUUAGACAGACGGGUGUUAACCGAUGGUGUAGACUAUGAGCUGUUCAAUAAGACGCUAGCGUCAAAGCCAGGAUCGGGCUCUCGUGCUUCACGGACAAAUUCGUCUCAGCAACAGCAGCACGUGACUAGUCCAACUAAUCGUCUAAUACCUGCAUAUAAUCCUCCAGAUCGAAACACUUUUACGCCACCCCUACCCCCAGAGCGGUUCAACCCAUUUGCUGAUAAACCUACACUUAGGGGUAGUAAUUCAGAAAAGCCAUUGCAAACUAGGCGGCCAGGAAUUGUGCAGGCAAAAUUUGAGAAAGAAUUUAUACCUAUCAGACCUGUAGAUGUUCCAGUAGCAGAUACAAAAAAGAAGACAAUUAAUACACCUAGUUUAAAUAAGUUAAGAGUGCCAGAAUCUACUUAUUCUGAACCAACUAGUACUACAGCAGUCAAUGGAUUCAAAGGCCUUAAUGAUACUUAUAGUAUUGUGGUACAGCAAGUACAAAACUUGUCAACCCCAAAUGUUUUUAGAAUAUUGUUUGAUGAUACAGGCAAGAAAAUGGAUGGAUUAUUAGGAAACGAUAAACCAAAUUUUGACCAGGAUCUUAAACCAUCUCGAACUGUAAAACAAGAAGUUCCCAAGCCCACACAACGAACUGUUCAGCCAAUCGAAACCACAUCUUCAUCACAAGUAUAUGAAACGACAUCUGAAGAAACAACUGAAAAUGAACCUUCAAUAUUUAAGGAGCAACAAGUAACAGAGUCAAAAAAUGAUGUUGAUAUACCUGAAUCACAUCCAGAAAUUGUAUCUAUGCCAGAUCAUCCUGAACCAAGAGCCAGGUAUAUUCUUGGAGUUUUUUGGGAUGUUCAUGUUUAUUUAAUUGCUAUACUUUUCCUAAUAUUGGUAUUUUGUUCAAUGGUUAGUAUAGCAAGGAUAAGAGCAUUUAAAAAAUUAUUAACAUGUGGUUACUUUGUAACUAUACAUGGUUUAUUAAUAAUCAUAGGCUGUGUAAGGAGUGCUUAUUUGUUAUAUGAUCCAUAUAACGUAAACGGAACAUUAUCUAUUCAAGUGUCUGGGUUGGCUUUAAACAUAGUAUUCCCACUCUUGUUGACUGUAUACUCAGUUUUAUUUUUGUUUCUGUUGCGAGCCACUGAUGUAAAAACAAUUUUUUAUAAUUUACAAAAAUCAUCAUUAUUAGCAAUAUUUAUUUGUUGCUAUAUGGCAUUUUGUAUUAUUGUAUUGUUUUAUUCAGAAGCUCAUAUACUUUCAUUAGUAUCAAAAUGUAUCUACAUUCUAUUAUGUGUGAUACUUGGAGUGACCUAUGUAUGUUUAUAUAGAUCUAUGACUAAUGCUUCCUUAAGAAAACAAGGAACUAUAUUUGGAGCUAGCUUCCAUGAACAUCGCCCUACUUUGGCUCAUUCUGUACGUGUGACAUUGGCCACUAGUAUGCUGAGUCUUCUUAUGGCAUCAGUUCAAUUAUAUGGUAUGGUUGGUGUCUAUGAAAUGCUGGGUAAAGAUCAGCCAAACCCAUGGUUAUGGUGGGGUUAUCAGUUCUCUGUACGUGUGAUUGAGAUAUCAUCAUGUUUUUUGAUAUUUUGGGCAUCCAUACAGCCACUAAGAUAUACUAGCGAAAAAGAAGCUCAAAAUCAAUCCGGCUUAACAUUGUUUCCAUGUCGUGGUACUGUUUCCCGGAGUGAUCCACCAUCAGAUGACAUUUAUCCAGCCAUCUGCAGUGCCAAUCAAGCUGUACACAAUUAUACAUUACGUACGGGUAAACACAUAUAUGAUGACACAUACUCAAUGGGUGGUCCUCCAUUAGCUAACCAUCAGUUAUUUGCGCACACUACUGAAAGGAGAUCAUUAAAACGAAUGGAUGAUGACUCUAGAAGUAUGUACGCGUAUGCAGAAAGAGCAGCCAUACAGCCUUCACCGUCCAUGUUAGUUGCUGAAAAUGGAUUUGUUAGGUUUAGAUCACUAGCUGAUGAACGUAAUUCAGAAGAUCAGAUGUAUCCGAUCAAAAUUCAUCAUCACAGGGAUAACUGUUGUACUUAAUAAAUAGACCCUAAAUAAGUUGACUAUUCUUUUUUAUUUUUUUAUUUUUGUACAUAGAAUAUUUAUGUAAUUUUUUCUGUUUAAAUUUAAUGUGUUCCUUUAGCUUAAACAACAUUCCAUUAUAUAACAUUUUCGUUUCUUAUUACCUAUGAUUUUUUUUUUUCAAAGACUGCUUUAUUUCUUAGGGGCCAAGAAUAGUAUCAG